AUGGGCAUUGACUAUUACAAGGUUCUUGGUGUUGGCCGGAAUGCCUCGCCGAGUGAUAUAAAGAAGGCCUAUCACCAGCUGGCUUUGAAGUACCACCCCGAUAAAUGUACCGGUAAUCGGGAAGAGGCCGAAAGGCGUUUCAAGGAGGUUUCGGAAGCGUAUGAUGUUUUAAGUGACGAACAGAAGAAGAAAAUAUACGACGUGUACGGUGAGGAGGGCCUGAAGGGCGGGAUCCCUGGAGCUGGGGAGGGUGGCGGCGCCGCGGGUGCGGGGGCUCGCGGCGGCGUCCCCUUCGGUACGAGGUACACUUUUUCAGAUGGCGAUGCGUUUAACAUUUUUCGGUCGUUUUUCGGCAGCAGCGAUCCAUUCAUGGGCGGAGAAGAGUUUGGCGGCGGCGGUGGGAUGGGUCUUCACCGGGUGUUUCGAGGGUUUGGGGGCCCGCAGGGGUUUACGACGGGCUUUGGGUCGCCAGAGAUGUCACCGAUGAGUGAAGUGCCUCCCGUGGAGUACACCUUUGCAUGCACUUUGGAGGAAAUCUAUACGGGGUGUACUAAAAAGUUCAAUGUCUCACGCCAGAUGCCGGGAGGCACCGAAAAAAAGAUGUUUGAAGUUGAGGUGCUUCCUGGUUAUAAAAAAGGCACAAAAAUCCGUUUUCACCAGGAGGGAGGUAUUGUGCAGGGAUAUCCACCGAACGUUCUGGCCGAUAUGGUGUUCAUCCUGGACGAGAAGCCUCACCCUCGGUUUGAACGCAGUGGCACAGAUGUCCGCACGACGGUUCACAUCAACUUGAAACAAGCGUUAUUGGGAACAAAAGUGAACGUUUUGGCACUUGACGGAACUAAUACAGUGCUACCACUGACUGGAGUGAGCAAGAAUGGGCGUCAGUUGCGUGUGAGCGGUAAGGGCUUCCCCGAUCGGAAGACAGGACGCAAUGGCGACAUGUACGUCACAAUUGCCGUUGACAUGCCUGUGUCCUUGGAUGAUGCGACAAGGAGUUUGGUGGAGAAGUGCCGAUUUUAG